UGUUCAGGGCAUUUCAUCGAAACAGAGUCACAUAAUUCCUGACCUUCUGUGUUUGGUUUCUUUCUCUUGACACGGUGCCUCUGAGGCUCAUCCCUGCCUCAGCCUGCAUCACGCUUCACUCCUUUCUAGGGCUGAAUUAAUGCCCCACAAUUUGUUUGUUCCCUUAUCUGCUGGUGAACCGUUGAGUUUUUCCCCACCUCUUGGCUACUGUGAACAGUGCUCAUGGGCAUCUGUGUGGGAGUGCUCGGGUGUCCGUGGGGCAUACACGUAUGAAUGGAACCGCCGGGUCUUUUUGGCGAUUCUGUAUUUAGCUUUUCGAGGAACCGCCGAACUUUCUCGCAGGGGGUGACUCAUUUUGCAUUCCCGCCAGCAACGUGCAAGGGGCUCGAUUUCUCCAUAUCUUUGCACCGAAGGCUGCUGAGGCUGAACGCAUGGCAGGAUGAGGAAGUGGCCUCUCUGGUGCUUUCCUCUCUCUCACACACAGCCUACGCAGGACGGCGUCUAGGAGGAAGGGGACUUCAGCAUGAUGCAAGCAGAGAUCCUGCCGCCCCGCAUAUCUGUCACCGUGUGUCAUGCCCCGGGCGAGCUUCCAAUUGCCUCACCCGCCACGUCCGGAUGAAGCAGCUCCAGACCCUGCUCCCCGCCGGGCGGAAGAUGACGGGCUGCGAGUUCGAAUUCACCCGAGAGCUGGCCCAGGACUACCUGCAGCAUGUCCUGCGGGCGCCGCAGCCCGGGUCCAGCCCCAGCGAGGCGUCCCGGGUGCUGCGGAGCGUGGCCUCCUCCGUCCAAAACGAAGUGGAAAGGAGACUGGAACCGUGCCUGGACAAUUUCAACGUCGCCUCCGUAGAGACGGCCAGAGCCAUCUUCAGUCGCGUGAUGGAGCAGGAGUUCGGGGACGGCGUCGUCAACUGGGGAAGGGUCGUGACCGUGUUUGCGUUCGGAGGCGUCCUCACCAAGAGACUCCUGCGGGAGCGGGCGGCCCUGGACCCGGACGCGUGCAAGCAGAUUUCUCACCUCAUCGCCGAGUUCGUAGUGAGCCACACGGGAGAGUGGAUUCGGCAGAACGGAGGCUGGGAGCACGGCUUCGUGAAGAAGUUUGAACCCAGGCCUGCCUGGCUGACUUUUCUGGAAGUCUUGGGGAAGGUCUGUGGCGUGCUGUCUCUCCUCCACUACUGACCUGAACGACGCUCCGGGUUGCGAGACCGGCCUAACGUCCGGGCCCCUAGGGGAACUGUUGCCGACCCGUGCGGCCGCUUUGACGAGCAACUUCCGUGACGAAACUCGACUUUCCAGAGUGACAAAAACUUCGUCCUCAUUUUAAUGAAUAAAUUGUGUUUUUCUCU